AUGUCUUCUCCCUUUCCUAUUAUUGCCGGUGGUGGUUACUAUUGUUGCCUUCUUUCCUUUUCUUCUGCCCUUUCUCCGUCGGUCGCGGAUGCCGCACUGGCGGCGUGCGUCUUCGUUGAGUCCCCGCAGGGUGAAGCGCCGAACAAGCGAGCAGGUAUGGAUUUAACUGCGUACGGGUUCUCCGGCCAGGCUGCCAGCAAUGCGGCCGGCGACGGUGCCGUUGGGACGGCCGCCGGCAGCAACCGGCCACAGCGUCGCAUGCAUCCCAUUCGCCCGGUGACGAUAAAACAGCUGCUGGAGGCGCAGCGCGUCGGCGAGGGGGUGAUGGUGGUCGACGGCCGCGAGGUCACGCAGGCGACCGUCGUUGGCCGCGUGAUCGGCUACGAGGACGAGACGGCCAACCGCCUCACCGGCGCCGUCACGGCGAAGCACUACGGCUACCGCAUCACCGACGGCACCGGCCUCGUCGUGGUGCGCCAGUGGAUGGAGUCUGAGCACCAGGAGGAGCCGCUCCCGGUGCAGUGCUACGUGCGGGUCUCGGGCACCGUGAAGGUGUGGCAGAACGCCCCCAUCGUCACCGGCACGGUGCGGCUCGUCUCUGACUGCAACGAGCUCAACUACCACUACCUCGACGCCAUACUCACGCACCUGCGGCUGACGCGGGGCAACAAACACGCGAAGGAGGAAGCUGCGGUCCCGGCCGUUAGCAACACGGCGAGCGCGCUGGGGGUGCAGAACAUGCUGCCGGGGGGCGAUGGCAAAGUCUUCGCCACAGAUGUGCUGCUGAAUGCGAUUAAGCAAAACGCGCGGGGUGACGUGGGGCUGACGAUGGACGAACUCACCGCCGCGGCACGGCCGUACGGGUUUAGCGUCAAUGACGUUCGCGUCGCGCUGCGGACGCUGGCGGCGGAGGGGAGUGUGUACCAGACGCACGACAACCGGUUCAACAUUUAG